AUGGCGGACACGGAGAGUCAAAAGAUCAACAUCGUGUGCAUGGACGGAAGUGAAGAAGCAGAGAAAGCCUUCAAAUGGUACGUUGAAAACGUCCACGGUGCCUCUAGUUACGUCAUCGUCGUCCAUUGUGUGGACCACCGGAAGUUAAAUACCUAUGGUUCUCUCUGGGAGCCUGCUGACUUAAAACUUAUAAUGCAGGCGUUUCGAGACGAGGAAACGCGCGCAGACAGCACAGUAGAAAAGCUACAGAGGACUUUGAGUACUUCCAAGGUGAAAGGGGAAGUUUUGAAAUUGUCUGGAGAACCAGGUCCUACGAUAAUUGGCAUUGCGCAGGACCGGAAAGCAAACAUGAUAUUAACCGGUUGUAGAGGUCUUGGCACGUUACGACGUACAUUUCUUGGGAGCGUCAGUGAUUAUAUUAUACAUCAUUCUACAGUUCCUGUACUGGUCUGUCGUCAUUGA